AUGUCCAGUUUCACUACUUCUAGUAGAGGCCCCUGUAACAGAUUCAGAGGAUCAAUGGCUUCUUCAUUGAUAUUGCUUCUGCUUACUCUGAUCUUUUUGUCAUCAAUUCCACAAAAAUCUGAUGGGCAAUUUGAGGACUGGUGCAUAGCUGAUGAGCAGACCCCGGAUGAAGAGCUCCAGAAGGCCCUUGAUUGGGCUUGUGGCAAUGGUGCAGAUUGUAGUAAGAUACAAAUAAACAAACCAUGCUACCUUCCAAACACAGUGAAGGACCAUGCCUCUUAUGCAUUCAACAGCUACUAUCAGAAGCUGAAGCACAAAGGAGCAAGUUGCUAUUUCAAUUCUGCUGCCAUUAUAACUGCUCUUGACCCAAGCCAUAAUUCGUGCAAGUUUGAGUUUCUUCGCUGA